AUGGGAGAUCCGACCAGGAAUUUUCGUUCAUACCGCGGAACUGGAAGGGAGAGAUGGAGUAGAGGGGUUCAGAGACCGGUUGUGCCUCAAGCGCCGGCUCCACCACUCGGUGAAAUUCUUGCAACUAUCCAGCAUGCAGAUCUUGAAGACCAAGAAGACCAAGAAGACCAAGAGCCCGAUCUGGCUCAAAUUACGGAGACAAGAUACUUGGCUUCUUACAACUGGCUUGGUGAGGGAAGCCAGCAGAUCAUAGUCCCUGGUGAACCACCCAUGUGGAGGCCUCUUUCAAAGCCCACUCAACUUCAGCAGGACUCAGGUGAAUAUUAUCGGGACUACAACGCUGCACGACACCCUUCUUAUCCACUUGAGCCGAUGAUACAAGCAAUACUAUCUGACAACCCGGACUUCUCUCUGAAGGAUGUGGACAUCAUUGCAUGUGGCAGUACGUUGGGUGGUUUGCUUCGCUUCGCACGCCAUGAGGACACAUCUUUCCGCAUGCUGGUUGAAGUGGUCGGGAACACUGUCUUCUUCGUCAGGAGACAUAACUCGCCCACUGAGAAAAUCCCCAAUGUAUAUGGGUAUGGUCAUUCCUUCCCGGAGGCCUACACAACGUGGAGUAAGAGUGUGCAGGGAUGCUGGUCGCAUCAGCGUGUGAUCAGUUACAACCUCGCCGGGAUGAGCUGCUUGGUGCGCUUUGGGGCUGAUGGAUACCUACCCAAUCUGGUCCCCGAGGACUUGAAGACUGAGGGAGAUCCAACCAGUUAUGCAGGCGACACAGUGGAAGAUCUCUUGUCAUCUAUGCAGGGGACGACUGUCUCAGGUUCUAAGCCAGCUACUGCAAGCUCGGAUGUCGAAAAUCAAAAGAUUGAAGUCUUGAAGAAAGGGCGCCACAUUCCACAGGAUGGGAUCUUCGACUUGAAGACUCGAUCUGCCAAGAAGAUUGAUGUUGACAUCCUCAAAGACGAGAUAGCUCGCUUGUGGAUCAAGCAAGUUCCGAACUUCAUUGUCGCGUAUCAUGUUCGUGGUACGUUUAAUGACGUUCGGGUUCAAGAUGUGCGGGAGGACUUGAAAAAGUGGGAGGAAGCUGAAAAACCAGCGUUGAUCAAAUUUGCCGGCUUGCUGCAGAUGGUAGUCGCCUUUGCCCGGAGUGCGGUAAACGGCAGGAUUGAGAUUGAGCAUGAGGAGGGUACAAACGUUCUAAAUCUACGAGAGCAGGCAGGGGUGGCCAAUAGUGUAUUACCUUCGUCUCUCAUGAGCCAUUGGGAUGUCUAG